UGAGGGUCUGAGCCGUCGGAUGAGCGAGACGACAAAAAAGACAGGACCCCACAUUUCUGACAAUACACUCAAUCACAUGUCAAGCACCCGGACAAAAGCUAAAACUACGUGUGAGAGAUGUGGAUUUCAGAUCACAAAAGCUAUCAAUCUUGCCUUUCAAGUCACACACUAAACAAACAAACUCACUCUCAUUCAGUCAUUCUACCAAUAAAAAAAUAGAACCAGUGAAGAAGAGAUUUGAUUCCCCCACUUCGCCAAUCUCCUGUCUUUCUCAUUUUCUUCUCUCUUUAGUUUUGACACACAAUUCGCAGCAGACUCUCUCUUCUUCCAGAAUCCCGAAAAUGACGGACAGAGUCUACCCUUCGACGAAGCCAACAACCAACGGCAGCACCGCUCCUGGUGUCGUUGCGGGCAACAACGCCGCAGCUCCGGCCUCGGCAGUCAAGCCCCAACUGCGCCACCCGUACCGCCCGCAGCCGCAGUACCAUAGCCACCGACGCCGACGCAGCCGCCGAAACCUCUGCUGCUGCUGCUGCUUCUGGUCGCUGCUUUUGCUGCUGGCGCUGGGACUCCUGGCAUCAAUCGCCGGCGCGGCGCUCUACGUGCUGUACCGGCCGCAGCGGCCUCAGUUCUGGGUGUCAUCCCUCCGCAUUGCGAAGCUAAACCUGACCACCGCCGCCGACUCCUCCUCCUCCCACCUCACAUCCCUCCUCAACCUCACGCUUUCCUCCAAGAACCCCAACUCCCACAUCACCUUCUUCUACGACCCCUUCGCCCUCUCUUGCUUGACCACCCCCGGCUCCGUACAACUCGCCAACGGCUCUAUCCCCGCCUUCACCAGCGACAAGAAGAACGAGACGAGUUUCAGAGCGAUCAUCCUUACGACGUCGGCAGAUCUGGACACGGAGUCGGUGACAUCUCUGCGGUCGGAUCUGAAGCGGAAGAGCGGCGUCCCCAUGAAGAUUCAGAUGGACACGAAAGUGAAGGUGAAGCUCGGAGGGCUGCGGAGCAAGAAGGUCGGGAUUAGAGUUUCGUGUCCGGGCAUCACCGGGGUUGCACCGAAAUCCAAGUCCCCGUCGGUGGCUUCAGUUUCUGGCUCGAAAUGCAAGGUGGAUCUUCGGAUCAAGAUCUGGAAAUUUACCUUUUAAAGUAAUUAAUCAUUUUGUUUAUAUUUAUUUUUCUUGGGUUUUGGUGAAGACUGAGUUGAGAAAUCGGGGUCGAUAGGUGAUUACAAAGAAGAAGAGGGGUUAAGUUAAGAUUAGAAUUCUUUUUAGUAAACUUUUUUUAAUUAUAGUUUUGUUGGUGUAAGUGAUUCCUGAUUUUCAAUGGUUGCCAAAUGCAUUGCGUUAUACUUUUGAUA